AUGAAUGUUUGGCCAGUCCUACCAAAUUCCAACCAGUCCACACCAGUUCCAACCAGUCCCUACCAGUUCCAACCAACCCUACCAGUUCUAAGCAGUCCCUGUCAGUUCUACAGUCCCUACCAGUUCCAACCAGUCCCUACCAGCUCCAACCAGUCCCUACCAGCUCCAACCAGUCCCUACCAGUUCCAACCAGUCCCACCAGUUCCAACCAGUCCCUACCAGCUCCAACCAGUCCCUACCAGCUCCAACCAGUCCCUACCAGCUCCAACCAGUCCCUACCAGUUCCAGCAGUCCUACCAGUUCAAGCCCGGUCUACCAGUUCAACCAGUCCUACCAGUUCCAACCGGUCCCUACCAGCUCCAACCGGGUUCCUACCGGUUCCAACCAGUCCCUACCAGUUCCAACCAGUCCCUACCAGCUCCAACCAGUCCGGAAGAGCUCCAUGCAGUUCCUACCAGUUCCAACCAGUCCCUACCAGCUCCAACCAGUCCCUACCAGUUCCAGCCAGUCCCUACCAGUUCCAACCAGUCACUACCAGCUCCAACCAGUCCCUACCAAUUUCAACUCGUCUCCACUAGUUACUAUCUUCACAUAGUCUCCGUCACCAGAUCUCAUAUUCAUACACUUACAAAAAGAAAGAUCUGGUGUGAUAUGAACACUUGUUCCUUUCGCCCCUCAACACACCUUCGUCUGUAA